CACACUUUAUCUUCGAUUCAUCAAUAUAUAUACAUUUUUCUGUCUUUUGUUGCCUGAUACUUGGGAUUGCAAUGGAUGUUCUACCAAUGUGCAGCAUAUUUCAGGAACUUCAGAUCGUUCACGACACUGGCUACUUCUCUGCAUUGCCGUCUCUUGAAGAAUACUGGCAACAGGUAACCAUGUUUAAAGUGAAGUGGCGAACACGAGGGGACGCCUCUCCGGACGGCAGGAGGAGAGUGCACAGGUGUCACUUCAACGGCUGCCGGAAGGUUUACACGAAGAGUUCUCACUUAAAAGCACAUCAGCGGACUCACACAGGUGAGAAGCCGUACAGGUGUUCAUGGGAAGGCUGCGAGUGGCGCUUUGCGAGGAGCGACGAGCUAACCCGACACUUCAGGAAGCACACCGGUGCAAAGCCAUUUAAAUGCAGUCACUGUGACAGGUGUUUCUCCAGGUCGGACCACCUGGCCCUGCACAUGAAGAGGCACCUUUGAGCGGGCCGCAGCUUCACGCUGGGGAUAUGUUGUGUCCUGACCAGCUUCCUGGUUGACCUGGCCCUGCAAGAAAUCGAGGGGGGGGAGUGUGUUCCAGCCAAAGCAUGCCAUUUUGCACCAUAUCCUGUGCCUCCGUGAGCCCCGGGAUAAAGGCGGACUGACUGGUUGUUGAAACGAAAAAAGGAAAGGACAAAAUCACGUAUGAAGAACCGAGGAUGAUUUAUAAAAAAAAAAAAGCAAAAGUAAAAAAAAA